AUGUCGUCGCUCCUUUUUGUUUGGUCAUCGUAUCCUUCGCUGAGAAUUAUUAUUAACGGUUUCACAAGUUAUGUGCAAACCAAGAACAAUCAAUCGUUGCAAGCAUUGCGCUGCUUCCUAAGUUCAGUACAGGACACUGUUUAUUUAGAAGUUUGUUUUAAUGAUUCUGACAUUGUAUUGUUAUUGUCUGCUGAGGUAGUGAUCUAUAAGUUCCCUGCGAUUCCAGCAGCUAGAGCUGUUCCUGAGCUCUGGGACUGUCUACUGGUCACUUUACCCAUUGCUUGCUGGAAUACUGAAUUUGCGUUCCUUGGCUUCACUGAUAUACACCUCCCACAAACCCUCGCCGCCUCUCCCUCCCCGAGCCACCACCGCCAGCCACCAGCCCGACCAAUCAAGCCGUACACCAUGCCUACGUCCUCGCUUGUCGCCUGCGACGGUACCCCUUCCGGAUCCGCUUCUUCCAUCAUUGCCGGCGCCGUGAGCAGCUACCACUUGCUCAAGAUCGUUGGCUACUCCCGCACCAAGGAUGUCCCCAAUGGCAAGUGUAUCCUCUGUUCCCCAUUCCGGGUGGGAGGCCGCACAUGGAGUGCAACCCUUGCUGAAGUCGAGGCCGUGAAGGCACAAGUUAAAUUCAGUUUACUCGACCAACAUGGGAAGCCGGUGCAAGCCUAUACCCAUACUACCAAGAUCACAGACUUUUCUGUGGCCGUGGGCAGAUCUUGGGGAUUUGAGAAGUUUAUCAAAAAGGAGGCAUUGGAGAAAUCAGAACAUCUCAAGGACGAUUCCUUCAGGGUCAAGGUCGAUGUUACUAUCAUGAGCGACUUCCAUACGCAGGAGGCACCUUCCAUUUUGGUGCCACCAUCUGACAUGCACCGGCACUUCGGGGAUCUCUUGUCGAGCAAGGCGGGCGUCGAUGUCAAAUUCCGAGUUGGCGGGGAGACAUUCUCGGCGCACCGAUUGGUGCUCGCCGCGCGGUCUUUAGUUUUCAGAGCGCAGUUCUUUGGCCUGAUGAAAGAGGGAACCACCACAGAGGCCAUAUCUGUAGACGAUGUGGGGGCAGAAGUUUUCAGUGCUCUGCUCACUUUCAUGUACACAGAUUCAUUGCCUGGGGAAAUGAAGCAUGGCGAAGAGUCUGCCAUGGCUCAGCAUUUGCUUGUUGCAGCAGACAAGUACGGUUUGGAGAGGCUGAAGCUCAUUUGUGAAGAUAAGUUGAGCAGUGGUAUUAAUACGAGCUCCGUGGCAACCAUCUUGGCAUUGGCCGACCAGCACCACUGCCGCGGGCUUAAGGCGGCAUGCUUGGAGUUCCUCAGCUUGCCAACCAAUCUGGCUGAGGCCAUGGACUCUGGAGGUUUCGAGUUUUUAGCCAAGAGCUGCCCCGGUGUUUUGAAGGAUCUCCUCAUGUCCCAGGUUGUUCCUUGUUUAUUUGGGAAAAGAAAAUCAAGGGCCUGA